AUGUCCAGCAAGGUCGCCUCCUCGUCCAACGUCCGCCUGGCCGAGGCCUCGUACGGCAAGGACCUCGUCCGCAUCCUCCGCGUCGUCCGCGACGCCAGCGACCGCUCUUCGCACCGCAUCGUCGAGUACACGGCGCGCUGCCUCCUCUCGGGCGCAUCCCUCACCCCGUCCUAUACCCAGGCCGACAACUCGCCCGUCGUCGCCACCGAUACGGUCAAAAACACGCUCAACUACCUGGCCAAGGUGCUGCCGGCCGACGACGUCCUCUGCCCGGAGAGGUACGCCCUCAACGUGGCCAACCACUUCCUCUCGACCUACGCCCACAUCGAGGGCGUCGAGGUCGACCUGAUCCAGCACAAGUGGACGCGCAUCGUGCUCGACGCCAAGGACGGCGGCGCACACAAGCACAGCUUUGUCCGCGACGGCGACGAGAAGAGGACUGUCCGCGCCGUCGCCAGGCGCGUAGGCGGCGAGGCCCGCGUCACUGAGCUCGCCGGCGGCCUCAAGGGCCUCCUCGUGCUCAAGAGCAGCGGCAGUGCCUUUUACGGCUUCCACCGGGACCAGUACACGACGCUCAAGGAGGUCAACGACCGCAUCUUUAGCACCGAGGUCGAGGCCAUCUACUCGAUCGCGCUCCCCAACAAGCCCCUUCCCGCCAUCCUCGCGGCCAAGUCGGAGCUGCCCGCCUUUUGCGACCUCGCGGCGUCGGUCAAGGCGCACACGAUCCGCAUCUUUGCGCUCGACAACUCGGCCAGCGUCCAGGCGACCAUGUACCGCAUGUCGGAGGCCAUCCUCAACGACGCGGGCAACGGCGCCAUUACCGACGUCGCCUACGCGCUGCCCAACAAGCACUACAUCCCCAUCGACCUCGGCUUCAAGGGCCUCAGCAACCUCGACGAGAAGGACGCCGAAGUCUUCCUGCCUUCGCAACAUCCGAGCGGUCUCAUCAAGGCCAAGGUCGUCCGUACCGCCGCCUCGAAGCUCUGA